GCUAGACGAAGGGUCUGUACACUGCUAUCCAGAAGGGCGUUGAUGUAGGGAUUGGGGGCGUAGACCACCAGGAAGAAGGGUGCAUUCCACUGUUUUUAUAGCCUUCCUCGCACUGCGAUUGUUACUCGAAGGAUUGCUUUGGCGUCGUCGAGCCUUCAGAACCACCACAAAAAUGUUUCAACCUGGAGGUGGGGCUGUGUAUCCUCAGCCUAACCCCACUGCCCCACCAGUGUAUGGGAAUGUCCCUGGUUACGAGGGUUUCAUGGCUGGAGGAGCAGGUGGAUUUGUUCCUCCUCCUGCUCCUCUUCAUCCAUUGCCGACACCAGAUACUCAGCCUUCACAGGUUGACUGGAACAUCCCCUCCAUCUCCGAGGAUGCAGCACAGACAGCCUUUCUGGAGUAUGCCAGCGAGAACUGCUGCUAUAGCAAAGCCCCUGCUAAAGAUGGAGUCAUAACCAACAUGGAGUCAUUCAACACUUAUCGGUAUCGGCUGGAGACCUUCACUGAAGCCAGAAUCACUGAAUGGAAGACUGAACCAUUUACAGACCAAGCUGUGGAUUUCGGCCUGCAAACAGCCCCAACCCCCUGGGCUAUUCAGGUGCAGACGCCCGCCCUGUUUAAGGACCACGAGGAGAACAUCAAAGUGCCCAACACCUCCUCUGUGAAGGACUGCCAUAUUUGCAAAGAGACAGGACAAACCCGGUGUGACGUGUGCACUGGCUCUGGCAAGAAAAACUGCUCUGCAUGCGAUGGCAGUGGGAAAAGAUUUCAGGAUACAUGUGACAGCUGCGGGGGAUCAGGAAAAGAAAACUGUACUGAGUGCAAUGGGGACGGACUACAGCAGUGUGAGACCUGUGAGGGGAGGAAGCAGCUGCUGAUGUUUAUCAACCUCAAGAUUACAUGGAAGAACAACCUGGAGGAUUACGUGGCUCAGCAGUCUAGUGGCAUUCAGAUUGAGAACCUAUCCUCAGUAACUGGAAAUAGGCUCUUUCAUGAUGCCCAAUACAUGGUGUACCCAGUGUAUGGCUUCCCCGAUCCAAAUGUAUCUCAGGCAUCAGACAGACUGGUCAAGGAACACCAAAGCAAAUUCUCCCAGUCUGGACGCAUUCACCAGCAGCAACACACAAUUGAAUUGAUCCCUAUUACCAAAGUGUCCUACAAAUGGAAAGGCGACUCCCACCUUUACUAUGUCUUUGGGAAUGAGUCCAAAGUCAGUACCGACUACCCAGCAACGUGCUGCUGUGUUGUAAUGUAGUGUAUGUGCCUACAAUGUGGUCAAUGCUUCUACAAAAAAGUAUUCACUCUCUUGAAUAUGUAAAGGAAUGUUCUGAAACUGUAUGCCUUUGUUGAUAGUAUUAUGCAAGUUAUGGUGCCACUAUGUCAUGUUUGUUAGAUUUAUCCGUUUAGCAGACCAUUGUAUCCAAACCCACUAGGAUUAUAAAUAUGUUUUCUUCAGCAUUGUCCUCUCAGUGGGUCAAACCCAUAAUGUUGUCAAGGCUGAGAAUUUCUAUUGAAUUAAAAUAGAGAUGCAAAGGGCAGGUCCACUCACAGUGAAUCAGGGUCUUUCAACCACUAAUCCUAUCUGUGUUUUGUGACUUUGUCUGAGGAAUUUAUGUUGUAUAAACUGUAGUUAAUAUAGCGAUGGAAUGUCAUGAGUUUCAUACUGUCUACUAGGUGAUAUUGAGGAUUUGUUACAAGUUAUUGUUACACAGGAAAUACUUUUACCUCAAAGUCUUUAAGUGCCCUAGUCUGUAUGGAUGUGAUGUUGCCUUAAUUCAGCAUUCAGCAAGAGAAGUUCAGUUUUCUUCAGCUGAGUCACCUGCUUUAGUACUCGUGUUUCAGGACCCUGGUCCACGCUAUUCUGCUUGCUUGUGUCAGGCAAAUUCAGAACUUAAAGUUGUGAGACACAGCAAUACACAAAUACCAAUUCAGUCAAUAGUUUAUUAUUCAUUAUGAAUCAGUUACUUUAGUCCAAUAAUGUAGUAAUCAAUAUGUUUACACUCAUAUUUAUAUAAUUUCAUGUAAUCACUUUAAAGUAACAUUAUGCAAUCAUUUUACACUUUCUGAGGUAUGGUUUUA